CAAUAAUGUCAACUGAUGAAAAUUUAGAAUUUAAGAGCCAUGGAGUUCCUGUCACAAAAGAAGAAUUUGACGAAACAUUGUUUAAAGAUCUUUGUGAUUCCCAUUGUCAUCCUCAUGAUGAUUUAAAUAACCUAUCACAAAUAUAUCAAUUAAAAACAGGACAUAUUACAAUUAUGGGCGUCAGACAAGAUGAUUGGGAUGUAGUUGCCCAAGUAACCAAUGAAAAUAACAAACUAUAUGAAAAGAGAUGCAUACCAUGCUUUGGGAUUCAUCCUUGGUUUUCUCAUUUCGUAAUGACACAAGAUGAAUCCAAAAAGAGUCCAAAGGAAUAUUAUUAUUCUAUAUUAAAAUCACCCAAUAAGGAAGAACUAGACGAAAUGGUAAAUUCAUUAACUGAACCUUUUCAAUAUGAUGUAUGGUACAAUAGUUUGCGACAACGUCUACUAGACUAUCCUUAUGCCUUAGUUGGAGAAGUAGGUAUAGAUAGAUCAGCACGACUUUUACCGGGUGGUGCCCUUGAUUGGCAUGGACGUAAACCAACUCAAGUCCAAACAUCUAUUGAACAUCAACUUGCAAUUUUUGAUAUACAAAGUCAACUUGCACGUGAAUUAAACCGAGGUAUUAGUGUCCAUUGCGUACAAGGUCAAGGUCAUCUGUUUGAAUUUCUUAAAAAGCAAUCUAGUCAAUUCAGUACACGACAACUAAAGAAAUUAAAAAGGACUCCAAAUACGUUACGCAUGUGUUUGCACUCAUUUGGUGGAGCACCUGCUACUAUUACACAGUUUUUAGAAUUAAAAGGGUUUGAAAUAUAUGUUUCAUUUUCAGUUUGCAUUAACGCAAGACUGCUACCAGCAAAAAAAUUAAUUGAACUAAUCAAAAUUGUACCAGAAGAUAGACUACUGAUUGAAUCUGAUUUGAAUUCGCCUAACGGUAUUGAUAUUUGUAUGGUCGAAAUUGCAAAGAUAGUGGCCGAAGCUCGUGGAUGGACAAUUCAACAAGUUGUAGAAAUAACAAAUAGAAAUUGGAAAAAGUUUGUAAAUUUUUGAACAAUUUAUUUAUUUAUUUAUUUAUUUAUUUAUUUAU